GGCUCAUCGGGAUGCAGGAGAUGCAACAGUCGACAUCUGUGCUGCGGGGCGUGCAGCUGCUGUGCUGGACGUUGGUGUGGUGGGGGUGAGCUUAUGGUACACCCUGAUGCAGCUCGUUCCCGACUUCUGUGAGUACUGGCCCGACUUGGACAUCCAGCACACAGCAGGCAACACAGUUGCUACAUGUUCACUGGCCACCAUCGUGUUCCAAUUCAUGGCAGUUAUCGUGGCGGCUCAUGGGGUCAUCAGUUUAUGGGCUUCCAGCUGGCGGCGAGCAUGGCCUUACGGGCCAAAUGCCAACCGCCUUUAA